AGUAAUACCAUGCUGGUUGCUGACAGUUUGAGGAACUCAGACAAGCGCCGCAACGGACCUGAAUUCCCCAAUGACACCAAGAAGAGGAAAGUAGAGGACAAGGACUCUAGUCAUUAUGUAAGCAGCAGAAGUGAGGGUGAUAUCUGUUUGUGUGUGUGUGUGUGAACGGUGAAUGACAUUGACACACCUUUUGUCCCCACAGGAUAGUGAUGGAGAGAAGAGUGAUGACAACCUGGUGGUGGACGUCUCCAAUGAGGUACCUACGUGUGUGUGUCUGUCUGUGUCAAAUAAAAUAAAAUGGUUGAUGUCCUUGAUGGUCUUUUUGGCCUUCCUGUGACUCUCUGACGUAUACAUGCCGGUCUGUUAGGGAAAGGAAAAGGAGGAUACCUAGUCAGUUGCACAACUGAAUGCAUUCAAUCUGUGUUUUCCAGAUUUAACCCAACCCUUCUGAAUCAGGCCUCGCUAGAUAGCUCAAAGCAACUCUAUGGAUGCCAUAUGGGCCCUGGUCAAAAGUAGUGCACUAUAUAAGAAAUAGAGUGCCAUUUGGAACGUAUACUAUUAUUUCACAUCAAGGGAAGUGGGGCGCUGAGUAUGAGUCAGUGUGUGUGUGUGUAUGAACCUUCCCCCCCCCCCGCCUCCAGGAUCCUGCCUCCCCUCAUGGUACGCCCCUGCCCUCCCCCAGGGAGAACGGGCUGGACAAGACACGCCUCCUGAAGAAGGACCCCUCCUGUAGCCCCGCCUCCACAGCCUCCUCUGCAAGCUCCUCCUCCCUCAAGUCCAAAGAGAUGGGAAUGGUGAGUGUGGCCAAAGAUCUCCAUACACUAACCCUCUUCGCUGUCUAAACAAGUCUUUAACGCUGGAUCACAGAAACACACACUUUUUAAUGGGCCUUCCCAUUUCCCUCUAAAGAGUGGUGGAAUAUCUUACCUCUCACCUUCUUUCUCACUCCAUCCCUUCAUUUCUCUCUCUUUUAAUGGUGUGAUAUCUGGGUAACAAAUGCCUCUGUUUCCAUGGCAGCGUGACAAGCCGGGUACGCCUCGACCGAAGUCGAGCACUCCCACUCCCCGAGGAGACUCCACCCCCGGACCCAGCGCCACACCCACUCUCCGCCCCAGCCUAUCCAAGCCCCCUUCCAUGGAACUACCUCACCCACCUAGUAAGAGAAACUUCACCCCCUUUUAAUUGACCUCAGUGCCAUUUCCAAUCCUUCCUAACAGCUUAUAGUACAGGCUACCUACUAAUAUGCAUUUGUUUAGUUUAGUUAAAGGAAUACUACACUCAAACCAUAUUUUAAUAUUUUGUUCAUUAGUCCACAGUUAAUACAAUACCAAAAUGUUUUGCAUGUCAGCAGUCAAGUUUUCAAGAUGGAGCACUUUCAGGAAAGAGUACAAACUUGCCUUGAUGAUGCGUUUUGCGUCAUGAUUAUGAAUAUGCUGCAGACUGACUACGCUGCAGAUGCAUUAAACCCAUCUGAAAACAGCUCUUGUCUACUCCCUAGCCGCUGGUCUGCGGACUCCGCUGGCGGUGUCAGGGCCGUACCCCGGGCCGUUCGGCAUGCUGCCCCAUGCCGCCAUGAACGGGGAGCUGGCGGGUGCCGGCGCAGCCUACGCCGGCCUCCACAACAUGUCCCCUCAGAUGAGCGCUGCAGCCGCCGCCGCUGUGGCUGCCUACGGACGCUCCCCUAUGGUGUGUGUGUGUGUGUGUGUGUGUGUUCAGUGUAUCUCUGAGUCCAUAAUGUGCGCUCAUUGCGUGUCUAAACAGCUAAAUGUCGGUAUGUUUAUGUAGGAUCCAUUGCGGUGUCUACUGACCACAUUUCUCGUGUGUGUGUGCGUGCGCGUGCCCAUGGCUCUCCUCAUCCCUCGGUGUGUGUGUUCUCCCUCAGGCCGGCUUUGACCCUCAUCCUCACAUGAGAGUCCCUGGAAUGCCCCUAAGCUUAUCAGGCAUCCCUGGAGGCAAACCGUGAGUUGCGUGUGUUCUGUAUGUAAACUGUAGGGGAGUAUCUUUCAGCACUGUUCUCCGUAGUAGCAAGACUUGAAACAAAUAUCCCCAAAUGUGUUCCAUGCCUCAAUUCCACCUUUCCUCCUCUUACUCGGCCUCCUCCUCUCAGAGCCUACUCCUUCCAUGUUAGCGCCGAUGGACAGAUGCAGCCGGUACCGUUCCCUCCGGACGCCCUGGUGGGCCCUGGCAUCCCGCGCCACGCACGCCAGAUCAACACGCUGAACCACGGCGAGGUGGUCUGUGCUGUCACCAUCAGCAACCCCACGCGCCAUGUCUACACGGGCGGCAAGGGCUGCGUCAAGGUCUGGGACAUCAGUCACCCUGGCAACAAGAGUCCCGUGUCCCAACUGGACUGCCUGGUGAGUGCUAGGCCUAAUAUACACACUGUUAUCCAACAUCACACAGUUAAAGCAUGUAUUCAGUAGCAUUGUCCUGCAACCUACAUCACAGGAUGUGUGUGUUUGUGGGCAGGGCACAUGCUUUAAAUAUACACCUACAUACCACUUUGUGUGCAUAGUUUGUGUAUUAGAGACAAAAAAUAACUUUGUGCGCUUGCUUGUCAGAACCGAGACAACUAUAUCCGCUCAUGCCGGCUGCUCCCCGACGGGCGGACGCUCAUCGUGGGGGGCGAGGCCAGCACGCUGUCAAUCUGGGACCUGGCCACGCCCACUCCACGCAUCAAGGCGGAGCUGACCUCCUCGGCCCCGGCCUGCUAUGCCCUGGCCAUCUCCCCUGACUCCAAGGUGUGCUUCUCCUGCUGCAGCGACGGGAACAUCGCCGUCUGGGACCUGCACAACCAGACCCUGGUCAGGUAAGGAACACAUGGGAGAAUAUAUUGGCAAUAGGUAGCAGGUAGAAAAUAGUAGCCUCUAACCACUGGUCCAGGGUCAGAUAUUGUUUCAUCCCCCUAAUGGUCAGUCAUGCGUGCAUAAAUUUUCAUAUGGGUGGCCCCAAUGGGAAUUGAACCCACAACCCUUGGCAUUGCAAGGGCCAUGCUCUACCAACUGAGCCACACAGGACCACGUAUUUGAUAACAUAUCUGUUAUUAAUGUGUGUUGUUAACCACAGACAGUUCCAGGGCCACACAGACGGAGCCAGCUGUAUUGACAUCUCCAACGAUGGGACCAAGCUGUGGACGGGGGGGCUGGACAACACCGUACGCUCCUGGGACCUAAGAGAGGGACGCCAGCUGCAGCAGCACGACUUCACCUCGCAGGUACACACACUCCUGAAAGACACAAAACAGCUCCAGCAGCACGACUUGAAACCGCAGGUUCACACACACCCCGCAAACACACAGGCAGGGCUCUAAAGUGCGACCAAUUUGGCCGCAUAUGCAACAAAAUAUUUCGCUGUGUGACCAGGGGUUUUAUUUUGGGAGCACGGUGCGACUAUGAAAAAAGUAUCCCAGAUAAUUGUUGUAAUGAUAAGGCUUCGCUGUACCGUUGUUUCCGAGUGCCCUAAAGAAGCAAGCGAGUGCAGAUUCGUUAGCGUCAUGGUUGAACCAUUACUACAGCGAAAACGGCUUGCUUCUAGCCCUAUCAGGUCAAAAGAUCUGACCCAUAUUACCAUUUUUGUCUUCCUAUAGCGGACCGCCGGGACCUUUUCCAUUCAUAGAUCAUGUUGUGGGCUGUUCUAAAACUACUCGUGUAUCGACGUUAUUAACCAUUUUGUUUACACUUUGUUCAGUCACAUUACCUCAUUGGCUAGCUAACAUUUUACAUGUACAUUUUAGUCAUUUAGCAGACGCUCUUAUCCAGAGCGACUUACAGUUAGUGCAUACAUAAUUUUUUCAUACUGGCCCCCCGUGGGAAUCGAACCCACAACCCUGGCGUUGCAAAUGCCAUGCUCUACCAACUGAGCUACAUCCCUGCCGGCCAUUCCCUCCCCUACCCUGGACGACGCUGGGCCAAUUGUGCGCCGCCCCAUGGGUCUCCCGGUCACGGCCGGCUACGACAGAGCAUGGAUUCGAACCAGGCUAUCUAGUGGCACUGCGAUGCAGUGCCUUAGAUCACUGCGCCUAGUAACUUGACCAGUAUAUCCAAACGUUUAGAGGCACAGGAAGAAAGGAAAAGGGAUAGCUUCUUCAGUAGAUCAAUGAUCAUAGCAAUAAAUGAAUGACAGAUCUCUACAUGUUUUUAAAGCGACAGUGUAAAAUGUUCAAUGUUAUUCAUCUCAAUGGGAAAAUAGUGCUUUUAUACAAUGUAGAAACCUAAUAUUCCACAAAUGACUUUGUAAUUACAAUGACAGGUAUUUGUAUAAACAUUUUAGCUUUUAUAAUAAACUUAUGUAUUUACAUUGUUACAUAUUAGUUUCUAGGGCACAAAGUAGCUAGAAUUCCUAGGCUGCGUUUAGACAGGCAGCCCAAUUCUGAUAUUCCUUCCACUAAUUGGUCUUUUGACCAAUCAGGUCUUUUCACAUCAGAUCUUUUUCAGAGCUGAUCUGAUUGGUCAAAAGGCCCAAUAUUGGCUUUAUCUCAAUCAAUUUAUAAAAUCUUAUUUUCUGUUGCUCCUAGAUUUGAUGUGGUGCUACUAACUUUUUUAAAGUUGGGAGCAACAGUGCUACCAAUGGAAAAUUAUCAUUUGGAGCCCUGCACACUGGCAUCUCAAAUCACUGGUGAGGAAUGAUCUCAUACCAUUUGGUCACAGCUUGUUUUCUCCUGGCAACGGUGUAUUCUUUACAGCCUGCUAGUGCAACAGGAGUAUCCAGAGUAAUGCAGUAUCUGUUAUAUGUGAAAUCACAAUAGUGUAAUGAUACGCAAUGGCGCCAGAGGGGAUGGCUGCCAUUUUACUGGCUCCUAACCAAUUGUGCUAUUUUGUGUGUUUUUUCACAUUGUUUUAACUUAUUUUGUACAUAAUGUUGAUGCUAUUGUCUCUUAUGACCGAAAAUAGCUUCUGGAUAUCAGAACAGCGACUACUCACCUCGAACUGGACGAAAAUGAGUCUGACGCGAAGGAUAUGAUGGUGCUCCCGGACAAGGCCCAAAUCUCUGUCAUUCGCAUUAAGAAAAUAAGGAAAUACAGGGGGCGGAGAUCAGGGUGCCUUGUGAGAAUUAGUUGGCAAGUGGGUAACCCGCUUCUACCAUCUGUUUUUUGGGCCAAUGUGCAAUCAUUGGAGAAUAAACUGGAUGACCUCCGUUCGAGACUAUCCUACCAACGGGACAUUAAACUGUAAUAUCUUAUGUUUCACCGAGUCAUGGCUGAACGAUGACAUGGAUAAUAUACAGUUGGCUGGGUUUUCUUUGCAUCGGCAGGACAGAACAGCUAUGUCCAGUAAGACGAGGGGUGGGGGUGUGUGUCUAUUUGUCAAUAAGCUAAAGGCUGGAGCUACCGCUUUCAAGGAGCGGGACGCUAAUCCGGACACUUGAAGAAAUCCCGCUAUGCCCUCAGACGAACCAUCAAACAGGCAAAGCGUCAUUACAGGACUAAGAUUGAAUCCUACUACACCGGCUCUGACGCUCGUCGGAUGUGGCAGGGCUUGCAAACUAUUACGAACUACAAAGGGAAAACCAGCCGCGAGCUGCCCAGUGACGCAAGCCUACCAGACAGGCUCAAUGCCUUCUAUGCUCGCUUCGAGGCAAGCAACACUGAAGCAUGCAUGAGAACACCAGCUGUUCCAGAUGACUUUGUGAUCACGCUCUGCGUAGCUGAUGUGAGCAAGACCUUUUUAAACAGGUCAACAUUCGCGGGGCCAGACGGAUUACCAGGACGUGUACUCAGAACAUGCGUGGACCAACUGGCAAGUGUCUUCACUGACAUCUUCAACAUCUCCCUGACCGAGUCUGUAAUGGUUACAUGUUUCAAGCAGACCACCAUAAUCGCUGUGCCCAAGAAAGGAAAGGUAACCUGCCUAAAUGACGGUAGCCAUGAAGUGCUUUGAAAAAGCUGGUCAUGGCUCACAUCAACACCAUCAUCCCGGAAACCCUAGACCCACUCCAAUUCGCAUACCGCCCCAACAGAUCCACAGAUUACGCAAUCUCAAUCGGACUCCACACUGCCCUUUCCCACAUGGACAAAAGGAACACCUACGUGAGAAUGCUGUUCAUUGACUACAGCUCAGCGUUCAACACCAUAGUGCCCACAAAGCUCAUCACUAAGCUAAGGACCCUGGGACUAAACACCUCCCUCUGCAACUGUAUCCUGGACUUCCUGACGGGCCGCCCCCAGGUGGUAAGGGUAGUCAACAACACAUCUGCCACGCUGAUCCUCAACACGGUGGCCCCUCAGGGGUGCAUGCUUAGUCCCCUCCUGUACUCCCUGUUCACCCACGACUGUGUGGCCAAGCACGACUCCAACAUCAUCAUUAAGUUUGCUGACGACACAAGAGUGGUAGGCCUGAUCACCGACAACAGUGAGACAGCCUAAAGGGAGGAGGUCAGAGACCUGGUCAUGUGGUGCCAGGAUAACAACCUCUCCCUCAACGUGAUCAAGACAAAGGAGAUGAUCGUGGACUACAGGACAAGGAGGGCCGAACACGCCCCCAUUCACAUCGAUGGGGCUGUAGUGGAGCAGGUCGAGAGUUUCAAGUUCCUUGGUGUCCACAUCACCAACAAACUAAUCUGGUCCAAACAAACCAAGAAAGUCGUGAAGAGGGCACAACAACGCCUUUUCCCCCUCAGGAGAAUGAAAAGAUUUGGCAUGGAUCCCCAGAUCCUCAAAAGGUUAUACAGCCGCACCAUCGAGAGCAUCCUGACCAGUUCCAUCACCACCUGGUAUGGCAACUGCUCGGCAUCCGACCGUAAGGCGCUAAAGAGGGUAGUGCGUACGGCCCAGUACAUCACUGGGUUCAAACUUCCUGCCAUCCAGGACCUACAGUUGAAGUCGGAAGUUUACAUACAGCUUAGCCAAAUACAUUUAAACUCAGUUUUUCACAAUUCCUGACAUUUUUAUUUUUUAUUUUCACCUUUUAUUUAACCAGGUAAAUCAGUUGAGAACAAGUUCUCAUUUACAACUGCGACCUGGCCAAGAUGAUAAAGCAAAGCAGUGCAAUUAAAAACAACAACAACACAGAGUUACAUAUGGAAUAAACAAAACGUAUAUUCAAUAACACAAUAGAAAAUCUAUAUACAGUGUGUGCAAAUGUAGUAAGUUAUGGAGGUAAGGCAAUAGAUAGGCCAUAGUGCAAAAUAAUUACAAUUUAGAAUUAACACUGGAGUGAUAGAUGUGCAGAAGAUGAUGUGCAAAUAGAGAUACUGGGGUGCAAAUUAGCAAAAUUAAUAAAAAUAUGGGGAAGAGGUAGUUGGGUGGGCUAAUUACAGAUGGGCUGUGUACAGGUGCAGUGAUUGGUAAGCUGCUCUGACAACUGAUGCUUAAAGUUAGUGAGGGAGAUAAGUGUCUCCAGCUUCAGAGAUUUUUGCAGGUCGUUCCAGUCAUUUGCAGCAGAGAACUGGAAGGAAUGGCGGCCAAAGGAGAUGUUGGCUUUGGGGAUUACCAGUGAGAUAUACCUGCUGGAACGCAUAGUACGGGUGGGUGUUGCUAUGGUGACCAAUGAGCUAAGAUAAGGCGGGGAUUUGCCUAGAAGUGAUUUAUAGAUGACCUAGAGCCAGUGGGUUUGGCGACGAAUAUGUAGUGAGGGCCAGCCAACGAGAGCGUACAGGUCACAAUGGUGGGUAGUAUAUGGGGCUUUGGUGACAAAACGGAUGACACUGUGAUAGACUACAUCCAAUUUGCUGAGUAGAGUGUUGGAAGCUAUUUUGUAAAUGACAUCGCCGAAGUCAAGGAUCGAUAGGAUAGUCAGUUUUACGAGGGCAUGUUUAGCAGCAUGAGUGAAGGAGGCUUUGUUGCGAAAUAGGAAGCCGAUUCUAGAUUUAACUUUGGAUUGGAGAUGCUUAAUGUGAGACACCUAGGUAUUUGUAGUUCUAAGUCAGACCCACCGAGAGUAGUGAUUCUAGUCGGGCGGGCGGGUGCAAGCAGCGUUCGAUUGAAGAGCAUGCAUUUAGUUUUACUAGCAUUUAAGAGCAGUUGGAGGCCACGGAAGGAGUGUUGUAUGGCAUUGAAGCUCGUUUGGCGGUUUGUUAACAUAGUGUCCAAUGAAGGGCCAGACGUAUACAAAAUGGUGUUGUCUGCGUAGAGGUGGAUCUGAGAGUCACCAGCAGCAAGAGCGACAUCAUUGAUAUACACAGAGAAUAUAGUCGGCCCGAGAAUUGAACCCUGUGGCACCCCCAUAGAGACUGCCAGAGGUCCAGACAACAGGCCCUCCGAUUUGACACAUUGAACUCUAUCUGAGAAGUAGUUGGUGAACCAGGCGAGGCAGUCAUUUGAGGAACCAAGGCUAUUUAGUCUGCCAAUAAGAAUGCGGUGAUUGACAGAGUCAAAAGCCUUGGCCAGGUCGAUGAAGACGGCUGCACAGUACUGUCUUUUAUCGAUCACGGUUAUUAUAUAGUUUAGGACCUUGAGCGUGGCUGAGGUGCACCCAUGACCAGCUCGGAAACCAGAUUGCAUAGCGGAGAUGGUACGGUGGGAUUCGAAAUGGUUGGUGAUCUGUUUUGUUAACUUGGCUUUCAAAUACUUUGGAAAAGGCAGGGCAGGAUGGAUAUAGGUCUGUAACAGUUUGGAUCUAGAGUGUCACCCCCUUUGAAGAGGGGGAUGACCACGGCAGCUUUCCAAUCUCUGGGGAUCUCAGACGAUACGAAAUAGAGGUUGAACAGGCAGGUAAUAGGGGUUGCGACAAUUUCGGAAGCUAAUUUUAGAAAGAAAGGGUCCAGAUUGUCUAGCCCUGCUGAUUUGUAGGGGUCCAGAUUUUGCAGCUCUUUCAGGACAUCAGCUAUCUGAAUUUGGGUGAAGGAGAAGCGGGGGGGACAUGGGCAAGUUGCAGCGGAGGGUGCAGAGCUGGUGGCCGGGGUAGGGGUAGCCAGGUGGAAAGCAUGACCAGCCGUAGCAAAAUGCUUUUUGAUAUUCUCGAUUUAUCGGUGGUGACAGUGUUUCCUAGCCUCAGUACAGUGGGUAGCUGGGAGGAGGUGCUCUUAUUCUCCAUGGACUUUAGUGUCCCAAAACUUUUUGGAGUUAGUGCUACAGGAUGCAAAUUUCUGUUUGAAAAAGCUAGCCUUUGCUUUCCUAACUGAUUGUGUAUAUUGGUUCCUGACUUCCCUGAAAAGUUGCAUAUCGCGGGGGCUGUUCGAUGCUAAUGCUGUACGCCACAGGAUGUUUUUGUGCUGGUCAAGGGCAGUCAAGUCUGGGGUGAACCAGGGGCUAUAUCUGUUCUUAGUUCUGAAUUUUUUGAAUGGGGCAUGCUUAUUGAAGAUGGAGGAAAGCACUUUUGAAGAACAUCCAGGCAUCCUCUACUGAUGGAAUGAGGUCAACAUCCAUCCAGGAUACCCGGGCCAGGUCAAUUAGAAAUGCCUGCUCGCUGAAGUGUUUUAGGGAGCAUUUGACAGUGAUUAGGGGUGGUCGUUUGACCGCGGACCCAUUACGGACGCAGGCAAUAAGGCAGUGAUCGCUGAGAUCCUGGUUGAAGACAGCAGAGGUGUAUUUAAAGGGUAAAUUAGUCAGGAUGAUAUCUAUAAGGGUGCCCAUGUUUACGGAUUUAGGGUUGUACCUGGUAGGUUCCUUGAUAAUUUGUGUGAGAUUGAGGGCAUCUAGUUUAGAUUGUAGGACGGCCAGGGUGUUAAGCAUAUCCCAGUUUAGGUCACCAAGCAGUACGAACUCUGAGUAUAGAUGGGGGGCAAGCAAUUCACAUAUGGUGUCCAGGGCACAACUGGGGGCUGAGGGGGGUCUGUAGCAAGCGGCAACAGUGAGAGACUUAUUUCUGGAAAGGUGGAUUUUUAGAAGUUCAAACUGUUUGGGCACAUACCUGGAUAGUAUGAUAGAGCUCUGCAGGCUAUCUCUACAGUAGAUUGCAACUCCGCCCCCUUUGGCAGUUCUAUCUAGACGGAAAAUGUUGUAGUUCGGGAUGGACAUUUCUGCAUUUUUGGUGGCCUUCCUAAGCCAGGAUUCAGACACUGCUAGAACAUCAGGGUUGGCAGAGUGUGCUAAUGCAGUGAAUAACUCAAACUUGGGGAGGAGGCUUCUGAUGUUAACAUGCAAGAAACCAAGGCUUUUAUGGUUACAGAAGUCAACAAAUGAUAGCGCCUGGGGAGUAGGAGUGAUACUGUGGGCUACAGGGCCUGGGUUAACCUCUACAUCACCAGAGGAACAGCGGAGGAAUAGAAUAAGGAUACGGCUAAAGGCUUUAAGAACUGGUCUUCUAGUGCGUUGGGUACAGAGGGGCAGAUUUCCGGGCGUUGUAGAAUAGAUUCAGGGCAUUAUGUACAGACAAGGAUAUGGAAGGAUAUGAAUACAGUGGAGGUACACCUAAGCAUUGGGUAACGAUGAAAGAGAGCAUCACUGGAGGUACCGAUUGAGCCAGUCUCCGCGUGUGUGGGGGGUGGGACAAAGGAGCUAUCUGAGGCAGGUUGAGCGGGACUAGGGGCUCUACAAUGAAAUAGUACAAUAAGAACUAACCCAAACAGCAAUAGGCUAGGCAUAUUGACAUGGGAGAGCGGCAUAACGCAAUCACAGGUGUUAUUCGAGAGGGCUAAGACAACAACUGGUAAUGGCGACGAAAGUUUGGGCUGAGGCUAAACAGAUAAACAGGAUGGGGUACCGUGUAAAGGAACAGUCCAGCAGGCAUCAGCUGUGUAGCUGAGUGAUCAUAAGGUCCAGUGAACAGUAAUAGGUAAGUCCGGGAGCAGUUCGUAGGCGGCUACAGCACAGGCGUAACCACAUCAUACGAUUACGUCGGCAGACCAGUCGUGAUGGAUCGGCGGGGCUCCGUGUCGACACUAGGAGGUCCCGUCCGGUUGACAGAGAGGUAGAUAGCCGGGAGAUGGGCCUGGCUCGAGGCUAGCUCAAGGCUAACUGGUGCGUCGGGACAGUGGUGAUUAGCCAACAAUAGCCAUUCGGUUGCAGCUAGCUAGUUACGAUGAUCAGGUGUUAAGGUCCAGUGAUUCAGUGAUUCCGGCAGAAAAUCCGAUAUGCUCUGGGUCGAUAGCACGCUGUGCAGACUAGCCGAUAAUUGUCCAGGCUAGAGCUGGCUUGUAGGUAGUGCAGGCCACGGACAGUGGUGAAGACCGCGAACGGUGGAUAAUAGCAAGUAGCUAGUUAGCUGGCUAGUUUCAGCCGUAGGUUCUUGAUAAAAAUAAAGAAAUAAUAGAAUCCGUUCCACAUUGGGUGAGGCGGGUUGCAGGAAAGUAUAUUUAGUUAAAGGAUGGAAAGUGAGAGAAAUAUAUACGAAAAAAAGACGAAAAACUAAAAAACUGGCUAUUUACACGAGGACACAACAUAAUACACGACCGCACUGCUACGCCAUCUUGGUUUAAUCCUAGUAAAAAUUCCCUGUCUUGUGUCAGUGAGGAUCACCACUUUAUUUUAAGAAUGUGAAAUGUCAGAAUAAUAGUAUAGAGAAUGAUUUAUUUCAGCUUUUAUUUCUUUCAUCACAUUCCCAGUGGGUCAGAAGUUUACAUACACUCAAUUAGUAUUUGGUAGCAUUGCCUUUAAAUUGUUUAACUUGGGUCAAACGUUUCGGGUAGCCUUCCACAAGCUUCCCACAAUAAGUUGGGUGAAUUUUGGCACAUUCCUCCUGACAGAGCUGGUGUAACUGAGGCAGGUUUGUAGGCCUCCUUGCUCGCACACGCUUUUUCAGUUCUGCCCACAAAUGUUCUAUAGGAUUGAGGUCAGGGCUUUGUGAUGGCCACUCCAAUACCUUGACUUUGUUGUCCUUAAGCCAUUUUGCCACAACUUUGGAAGUAUGCUUGGGGUCAUUGUCCAUUUGGAAGACCCAUUUGCGACCAAGCUUUAACUUCCUGACUGAUGUCUUGAGAUGUUGCUUCAAUAUAUCCACAUAAUUUUCCUUCCUCAUGAUGCCAUCUAUUUUGUGAAGUGCACCAGUCCCUCCUGCAGCAAAGCACCCCCACAGCAUGAUGCUGCCACCCCCAUGCUUCACGGUUGGGAUGGUGUUCUUCAGCUUGCAAGCAACCCCCUUUUUCCUCCAAACAUAACAUAAUGAUGUUCAUUAUGGCCAAACAGUUCUAUUCUUGUUUCAUCAGACCAGAGUACAUUUCUCCAAAAGGCAGGGUUGUUUGUUGUCGCUCUCUGUGUGUGUCGGUUUCUCACGCACAUGAACACACACACACUGAUCAGAGACCGGUUUCCCGAUAGCGAUGGAACUUAAAAAACGUUCCUACAACGGCAGAAGAUGCAACAUGCGUUUCCCAAAAUACCACGCAGAGAGAGCGGUUGCUAAGUUGGCAUAUAUGUCGAUACUGAUAGGAUCGAAAGAAAGGGAGCGCUGCUCUCGGAUCAGCUUUCUCCAUUCACAUUUUACCUAAACAUUCUAAUUAUUUCACAAUUCUGACGAGGGUAUCACCUCCUAGAGAGAGAUUACCACCUACGGCUGCAAAUAUUGAGGCGGCUCAUUCUAAUGCUUACUCAAUAAAAAUGCACAAAAUCACCAUGUUAGGCUACACAUCAUGAAAUGUAUUGAGACGAAUUACAGACGGUAGCCUACAAGUAGCGAAGUAGAGGUCAAUUGAUUGAACAUUAAAUGUAUUUCAAUAUGAUUGAAAUAGGCCUAUAGCCUACUGUUUUAUAUUUGAAUGCAGUCAUCUCAUUUUUCAUUUGAAGCAUAUUAUUUUUUAGAAGUCGCUUGAUUGUAUCAAUUGCAAACACAUUGGUAACUUUGUUCGUAGUGAAUUUGGUUCUGAAGUUAUCGAUUUGUCACAGAGAGACGAAUAAAUCAUACGAUUCUAUGUUUAGCGGAGAUCUUCUCUGUAUAAAGUGAUGCGGGAGGGCAAAAAAGCAUCUACAAGUGGUCUGAGGCAGGCGUUAGAUUACGAGCGUUUUCAAGUGCAACGUUAAUAACGAUGGUUUUGGGAAUCCGCUCAGAGAUCUAAUGAUGCUCCUACGAAGGUUCUAACUAUGAACUUAACCUUAAGACGCUUUUGGGAAACUGGGCCCUGGUUCUCCCCUGUCCUUUCUCCAAAUCUUCUCUCUGGGGUACUAUGCAUCUGUCUAUCUCUCACGCACAUGAACACACGACCACACACACACACACAAACUGACCAUGUUGUCCCUCUGCCCCCUCUCCAGAUCUUCUCUCUGGGUUACUGUCCGACGGGAGAGUGGCUGGCGGUGGGGAUGGAGAGUAGUAAUGUGGAGGUGCUCCACGUCACCAAGCCAGACAAGUACCAGCUCCACCUCCACGAGAGCUGUGUGCUCUCCCUCCAGUUCGCCUCCUGUGGUAAGGACAUGUCACAAGAGCUCUGUGGCUGACGUGCUCGAGAUUUGUCUAUGGCUGCGUCUCAAAUGGCACCUUAUUCCCUAUGUAGUGCACUACAGGCUCAAUAGAGCUCUGGUCAAAAGUAGUGCACUAUAUAGCAUUGUGGGCCAUUUGGGAUGCAUGCUAUGUCUUCUUUGUGUUAGCUGUGUACAGUAACUUGACGUAUGUCUGAUGCAUCUAAACAGCGAUGUUACUGGCUUUUGUCUCCUUUUAUAUUGGGGUUACGUUGGCAUUUUCAAACUGAUGGAACUGGCCCCCAAAUGAGUCGCCUCUGCCUGGUUAAUUUUACACUUUGAACCAAGCUGUAUUAAACUCCCUGUUUAAUACAGGUAUUCAGUUCAAAAUGUUUUGUUGACCUCUGGUGAUAUCUGACAUAGUAGACAGCCUUACGUUCUGUUUUCAUGGGAGAAUCUCAAUUGCAUUUCGUUGACUCCUCUCGCCUCCUCAAAACCCAUUGGAGGAGAAGGUCAGAGGGGAGGGACUUCAUCAUCCAAUGGGUUUUGAGAAGGCGGAGAGGAGAAAGAAGGUGAGGAGUCAAGGAAAUGCAAUUGUCUCCUCAUAUACAGUAGCUCUAAUCCUAACUUGAGAUGUGAUUGAUUGUGAACCCUCUACUCUGGGUUCUCUAGGAUUUGGCCCCUGCAUCCACAGUAGUAUCAGUCCUAGCUCUAGGUCUAUGUGAUUCCUAAAGCUCUGUCUCCUAUUUCUCUGCCUGCCCAGGUAAAUGGUUUGUGAGCACAGGGAAGGAUAACCUGCUGAACGCGUGGAGGACACCGUACGGAGCCAGUAUAUUCCAGGUACACACACACCUGUCCACUUGGACAAAUGUCUGUUCACUCCGACGGCCUACCUACUGACAUGUUUUAUUGAUAUUGUAUCAAGGCUGGGUGUUAAGCUUUUACUAAUCUCUCUCUCUCUAUCUCUCUAUCUAGUCGAAGGAGUCUUCGUCGGUGCUAAGCUGUGACAUCUCAGUUGAUGAUAAGUACAUAGUUACAGGUUCUGGAGAUAAGAAGGCCACUGUCUAUGAAGUCAUCUACUAG